AUGGCUGCGGCAGAAGGCGGCAAGGGCGAGCAGCCCUUCGACAACGCAGACGUUCCAAGCUGGGUGCCGGGGCUUCCCGGCAUCGACCCGGGCACCAUCCAUUUCACCUAUGCCAAGGACUCGUUGGAGAUCUUGCUGCUGAUCCUUCUCGGAGUGAUCUACAAACGCCGAGUCACUGACAAGCGACGGCAGCUCCCUGCUCCGGGUCCCAGACGCGACUUCCAGACGCCUGCUUUCUCCUGCUGCGAUCAUCUUGGAACAUUUCUAUACUCGUUCAUCCUCCAGCAAGUGCGAAUGGGCGACACAUAUGAGUUGGCCGGUGUCGUCUGGUUCUGGGCGCCGACCCUGGUGUUUAUCGCCUCCCGCAUCAUCGCCAACUUGAUGGGCCUCGUGCCAGGUAUGAUUGCUGGACUGCCGACCACCUCCAUGUUCUUCUUCCAGGGCCUCUUCUAUUUCCGCUGGCGGCGAGAACUGCGACGCAAAAUCGCUGAAGAUGCCGAGGAGGACCAAUGUUUCUCCGACUUCCUUCUCUACAGCUGCUGCGCACCGUGCUUGGCCACGCAGGAAGCGGUUGAGGUCGACUCGCUUACCGGUGAAGCUGUCGGUUGCUUCAAUCUCGAGAUUUUGUCGGUUUUUUGCGACAUCGACAUGGGCCAGGAUGUAGCCUAG